AUGACAGAUAAAUUUAAGGCUGAACGAGACAAUAUUCAAGUUUCCAUCAGAAUAAAGUAAGAAUCUAAUUAUUAAUUAUGCUAGACCUUUAAUAGAAGAUGGAAGAUCAUGUAUUAAAUUGGAUUCCAAUUUAAAAAAUACUAUUAUUAUUGAGGGCAAUUAAUAAUAAUAGUAAGAUUAGAAAUAUUUUUAUUUUGAUUACGUAGCAUAAUAAGACUCAAGCUAAGAAGACAUAUUUAAUAUUGUUGGAAAAUAAUAAGCAAUUAAUUGUCUAGAUGGUUAUAAUGGAUGUGUGUUUGUAUAUGGUUAAACUGGAAGUGGUAAAACAUAUACAAUGAUGGGUACAUAAAAGUAACCAGGUUUAUUACCAAGAGUAAUUGAUUUUCUAUUUAAUUGCAUUUUGGAGGAUUCUUAAGAAAAUGUAGAAUAUUUAGUGAAAUGCAGUUAUUUAGAAAUCUAUAAUGAACAUAUAAUAGAUUUAUUGAAUCCAUAAUUAGGAAACUUAUAAUUAAGAGAAGAUCUUAAGAAAGGUGUUUAUGUGGAAUAAUUAAGUGAAGAGGUUUGUACAAAUGUAACUGAAUCAUUGGAAGUACUUUAAAGAGGUAGUCUUAAUAGACAUAUAUCAUCAACUCAAAUGAAUAUUGAAUCAUCAAGAUCACAUAGUGUAUUUACAAUAUAACUUGAAUCAAGAAGAUAAUCAUCUUAAACUUAAGUUAUAAAUCAUAGAUUUUCAAGAUUUCAUUUUGUAGAUCUUGCAGGUAGUGAAAGAUAGAAGUAAUCUUAAGUUUAAGGAGAAAGAUUAAGAGAAGGUUGCAAUAUAAAUAAGAGUUUACAUAUAUUGGGUAAUGUAAUAAAUUCUCUUGUUGAAGAUAAUUAAUCUUAUGUACAUUAUAGAGAUUCUAAAUUAACAUUUUUACUUAAAGAUUCUUUGGGAGGUAAUUCAAGAACUCAUUUAAUUGCUAAUAUUUAAUAAUCUUAAUAAUUUUAUUAAGAAACCUUAUCAACUCUUAUGUUUUCUAAAAGAGUCAAAUAAGUAAAAAAUAAAGCUAGAAUUAAUGAAGAUGAAAGUGGAAAUUUAGAAAGUUUAAAGAAUGAAAUAAAAAGACUCAAAUAAGAACUUGCUAAAAGUGUUACUACUUAAUAAUAAAAAUGGGAAUCACCAAAAAAGUUUGAAUAAAAAUAAUAAUAAUAAUCUUUUAUUAAUGAAUAAUGUAUUAAAUAUUAUAUUAUUAAUUAGUUUUAUAAUCAUUAGAAUUAGAAAGUUUAAUGAUAAAUGAUUAAAAAUAUAUUAAAUUAGAAGAAAUAUUAAAAUGUUAUUUGGAAUAAUCAACUGAAAGUGAAACUGCUUUAUUUUUAGAAAUUGAAAAAUAUUUAAAUGGAAUUAAAUAAUUAAAAGAAGGAUUUUAAUUAGGAUAAUAAUUAGAAUAAUAAUUAAAAUUUGUUAUAAAAUUGUAAAAUGAAUAAAUAUAAAAAUUAAAAUUAAAUUAAUCAGCAGAUGAUAUACAAUAAUAAAUUUAAUAAUAAUUAGCAUAUGCUUUAUAAUCAUAAGGUUUAGUUAUGAAAACAUUUUAUGAAAAUUUAACAUUAAAAGAAUAAUAAGGAGCUACAUAAACAGUAUCAAAAGUAUAAGUACAAGUUGAUACAAAUCUCAAUUUAUUAAAAGAUAUAGUUGAAACUGUUUAAGUAUUUAUUAUUAUUUAUUUGUUAGAAUUCUUUAAAUGAAAGAAGAUAAUUUUAAUAAUAAUUAGAUUUAUAAUUUAAUUCAUAAUAUGUCACAUUAGAUAAAUUUAAAGAAUUAGAAACCUAAUCAGAAUAUAAAGAGAAAUUGUUAUCAGAAUAGACACAAAAAUUAGUUUAAAUGGAAGAAUAAAUUAAAGAAAUUGAAAAAUAAAUAUUCCAUAAAUUAGAAGAAAAUGGUAUUACAUUUAAUGAAAAUGAUUAAAUUGUUGAUGUUAGAGAUUAACAAAUUUAAGAUUUGAAAUUUAAAAUUACUGAUCUUAAUUAAGAACUAAAAAAUUCAAAUUAAGAAUUAGAAGAAUUAUAUAAUAAUUCAGAAAAAGUAAUUUAAUAAUUAAAGAUUGAAAAUCAAUAAAUUUUAACUUAAAAAUAAGAAAUAGAAAUUAAUUAUGAAUUAACUUAAACUAAUAUUUCUGUAUUCUAAGAUAAUUCUAAAUAAUAAAUUGCUAUUCUUGAAUAAUAACUAAUUUAAUUAAAAGAUUAAAAUUAAUAAUAAUCUAAUCAAUAUCAAUAUUUAAAUCAAUAAAAUGAGGAAUUCAAAUAAUAAAUACUAAAUUAAUAAAAUUAAAAUAAUUAAAUUACUUAAGAAUUGAUAGAAAAUGAAGAAAAAUUAAAAUAAUUAAAUCAAAUAAUUGUUGAUAAUGAUAUUACAAUUUAAGAAUUAAAAUAAUAAUUAUCUACUUAUGAAAGUAUUAUAACUUAAUUAAAAAAUAAUUUAAAUGAUUAAAAUACUAAACUUCAAUUAAAUUAAUAAUCUAUUUCAUAAUUAGAGUAAGAAAAUAUAAAUAUAAAAUAAGAAUGUUCCAAAUAUUAAAAUCAACUUGUCAUAAUUUAAGAUUAAUUAUAAUUAUCCAUGUCUAAAUUAGAAAACUCAGAAUAAGAAUUAUUUACUUAAUUAUAACAAUCAUAAAUAGAUAACUAAAAUUUAUAACAUUAAAAUUCUCUUAUAUCAAAGGAAAAGUAAGAUAUGCAAUAAGAAAUUAUUAUUUUAAUUCAAAAAUUAAACUCUAAAGAUGAAGAUCUUUAAAAUACUCAUUUAUAACUUUAAUAAACAUAACAAAAAUAUUAAGAAGAAAUAGCAAUAUAUCAAUAAAAUUAAUUAGUUCAAAAUUAAAACUUAGAGAAGAAUUAUUAAGAUUAAAUUAAAUAAUAGAAUAAAGAUUUUGAGUUAUUAUUAUCCUAAUUAAAUGCAAAAAAGGAUUAAGAUUAAACCAAAUUGAAUCAAGAAGUAUAUUUUAUUUAUUAUUUAGAUUCACUCAUUAAAUUGUAUAAUCAAAGAAAAAGAAACUUAUAUUACAGAAACAUAAUCUUAAUAAGAAUUCUAAAUUAAUGUAAUUUAUUUAGGUUUAUUUAUUAUAGUUGUUAAAUUAAAAAAUAUAGAAUGAGACUUAAAGAGCUUAACAUUUAGAGAGCAUGUUAGAAAGAUAAAAAUAAGAGUUUGAAGAAAUUCAAAAAGAGUAGAUGUCCAGCAUAGAGAUAUUGUAAAAGCAAUUAGAAAGUAAGCAGGCUGUAAUUCAAGAAACAUCAGAUCAUUAUAAUCAAGUUCAUGAACUCUAUCUUUCUUUGUAAGCUAGAAUGGAACAAAAGGACUAAGUUAAUUCUGAAUUGAAAAGAGAUAUGCUAUAAAAUAAGUCCAAAUUAGAGAGUUAAACAAAAGAAAUACAAUAAUUAUAAUAAAAAAUAGUAUCAAUAGAGAAUGAAAAUUUAUAAAGUAGAAAUACAAUGGAAAUAUAAUAAUAAGGUAAAUUGUAAGAUAUGACUUAAAAAUUAUAAAUAAAGAUGAGAACAAUAGAAUAAUUAACUAAUGAAAAAACUAAUUUGAAUGAUAAAAUUAGGGAAAUUGAAUGUGAAUCCAAUAAAUAUAAAUUAACAAUAAGUUAAUUAGAAUAAUAAUAUUAAGAAUCUUAAAAUUAAAAUAAUUUAUUAUAAACUCAAAUAUAAUUUUUGAAUAAUAAAAUUAAUGAUAAAGAAUAAGAAUUUGAAUAUUUACAAUAAGAAUUGAAUAAAUAAAAUUAGAUUUUGGAUAAAAGUUCUGAAAUUUGGAAGAAAGAAACAGAUUAAAUGGAAACUGAUAACAAUAUUUUAAAAAUUUAAAUUAGUGAUAAAUAAAAAGAAAUUUAUAAAAUUGAAUAAAAAUUAAAUUUAAGUUUAAAUGAAUUACAAUAAAAGGAAUAAUAAAUAGAUUAAUUAAAAUUGUAAUUAAAUAAUUUUAAUUCAAAUUAAUAAUAAUAAUUAGAAUUAACAAGUAAAGAUAAUUUAUUAUUGAAAAAAGAAAUAUAAUAAUUAAAUUAACAUAUUGAAUCAUAACAUGAAGAAAUAGAUUAAAUGAGAGUAGAAUUGGAUUAAAAAUAAUUAUAAGUAGAUGAAAAUAAAUCAUCUGUAAAGAAAUUGAGUAAAUAACUUGAAUUAGAAAUUAAGUAAUAUUCUUUACAUCUAAAAAAGAAUGAAGAUUAACAUAAAAAAGAAGUUUAAGAAUUAGUAGAUUAAUUAGAUAUUCAUUAAAAGUAAUUAUAAUAAAAAGAUAUGGUUAUUGAAUAAUUAAAUAAAUAAAUAAAUGGAUUAUAAUGUGCAUUUGAAACUAAAGAAGAUUUAAAUCAUCAAACUCAAAAAGAUAUAUAACAAUUAAAAGAUAAAUUAAAAUCUGAUUAAAAUAAAUUUACAGUAAAAUUUAUAUUUUUAUAAUUUAGAAAAUAAUUUAAGGUCUUGAAAAUGCUAAUAUUUAAUUAAAAAAUUAAUUAGAAGAAAGUAAUCAUUAAAUUUAAGAAAAUGUACAUAAAUAUUAAUCAAUUUAAAAAUAGAAUGAUUUAUAAAACAUAUAAUUUAAUGAAUAAUAAGAGAAAUAUAAUCUUUUAAAAGAUCAAUUUAAUAGAUUAGAAUCUUAAAUGAAAUAAGAAUCAUAAAUAAGAGAAUAAUAUAGUCAUAUUGCUGAUAAAGUUACAAAAGAAAAUAAUGAAUUAAAAUAGAAAAUAGAUAAAAAAUAAUAAGUAUAAUAUAUAUAAUUAAUUAAAGAUUAUAGUACAAUUAGAGUCAGCACUCUUAUAAAAUGAAGAGACAUUAAAAAAUGUUCAUGAUAGAGCUAAAGAAUUUUGUAAAUAAUAAGAAAAAGAAAUUAAUGAUAUUAAAGAUUAAUAUUUAAAAUUAGAAGCUGAACAUAAUGCAAUUUUAGUAAUUAUAUAAAUAUAUAUUAAUAGUCUUAAAAUUAAGAAAGAGAAGAUGAAAAUGAAUAAAUGAAAGAUUAAAAAGAUUAAGCAUUAAGAUAAAUGCAUACUUUAGAAGAUGAGAAUGUAAAAUUAAAAAAAGAAUUAUAAGAGUAACAUGAAAAAUUAACUAAAUCAAAUAAUGAAAGAUCUAUGUUAUAUAAAUAAAUAGAAGAAAUGUAAAAAGAUAUAGCAUAACUUGGUGGUCAUAAUAAUCCAUCAUAAAAGAUAAGAUAUUUAAAUACAAUAAAAUAAGAGAAUUCUUGUUUAAAAUAAGAAAAAUUAUAUUUAUCAGAAUAAUUAUAAAAAGAAAUAGAAGAAAAAAAUAAAUUAUUAUAAUAAUAAUAAUAAAAUAGAAAAAAUACAGAUUCUGAUAAUUCAUAAAAUACAUCUAAAUUAGAUAUGGUAUUUAUAUUGUUUUAUUUUUAUAGUAAAAAUUGAUUGUUGAAAAUUAAAGACUAAAUAAUGAAAUGAUUAAACUUAAUUAAAUUUUAAAUUUAAGUGGAAUUAAAAAUAGAUUUUCUACAAUUAAAGGUAGUGAUGGAGAUAAGAUUAUUUAAUCUGUAUAAUUAAUUAUAUAAGAAUUGAUUGUAAAAUAUAUUAUUUAUAAAUUUUUAGGAUUGUAAAUAAGAAAUUUAAUAAAGAAAUAAAGAUUAAGAAGGAAAAAAUCUUAAAUAUUAAACAAUGGAAAAAGAUUUAUUAGUUAUGAAAUAAAAAUUCUAUGCUGUUCAAAAAGAUAAUCCUUAAAUUUAAACUAAAGCAUAGAGUCCUGCUGUAUAACAUGAUGUAUUAAGAGACAAUAAUAGAAUGAAUAUGAAUUCAGGUAGUGUUUAAAGAUAAUCUAAACCAAAAACUUAAUAGGCUUUCCAAUUUUAGUGA